GCUCAGCUCAGCCCCCUCACGUCACUCCCUCCAGCUCAUCUCUCACCUGCCUGGGAAUAAGAGGCCUCUCUUACUCCGUACAUCCAUUGUCGUUGAUGUCCGACCCUCGCCGAUAGAUACGACUCUCCCUCAUUAUGGACCCCAACACGUCCAUCGUGGCCAAGCUCGAUGCCCUUGUGGCCGAGCUUCUGGCUGACUGGAACAUUUACACCACUUUGAUCGCGGGCGGCAUUGUCGCCUUUCUCGUCUUCUCCUUCGUUACGUCCAAAGAUACUGAUAUCCACCCGUUUCUUCUCGCCCGUCAGUCGACCACUUUUCCCGUACGACAGCCUGGCGAAACUGCCCAAUACCGCAGUCUAGAAACUCCGCACGGCUUCCCUCUCCGAUCCGGACUCAACGUGAAAGACCCUGGAGCUCCAAGAUGGACAAGCGGCAGAAAGGGUGACCUGCGCGAUAUCUGGAAGGCUGCUGUGCGGGGAACGGUGGAAGAGGAUGGCCGAGUCACCGGUAAACAGGGCAAGAUCUAUACUGUGCUUGGGAGAAAAGCGGUCGAGCACUCGUUGGAACAAGUUACUCAAGAAAUGAACGUCAUUGGAGAUCGCCUGCAAUCCGCCAAGGUGAACACGGUUGCGAUCUGUCUGACGGACUCGGUUGAGCUGCUGGCUGCUGUUUUCGCGGGCGCUUUCUACGGAAUCAAGACGAUCAUUAUCCCCCACAACCUGGAAGCGGAGUCUCUCUCGGCUCUUCUGAAGGAGUCUAAAGCGGAGGCUCUUAUUGCUGAGGCCGGAGCUCUCGACCUGUCUGUCGUCGCCAAGGGUAACGAUCAGCUCUCGCAGGUCAUCUGGGUCGCGAAACUGGGAAGCAGACACAUGGACUGGAACGAUGUUCCCGAGGAUGUCAAAGGCACCCUGGAGGUGGGUGUUUGGCACGAACUGGUGGAAGCGAAGAAGGACCUGGCCGGACUUGAAGUUCCUAGCUGGGACCCAAGCUCUCCCACGCCUUCGGUGACUACUGUUUGGCCGUCCAAGUCGUCCGCAGGCGAAUUCAUCGAGUAUCAGCCCGAGAAUUUGGCUUCGGGUAUUGCUGGUCUCAUGUACUCUAUCCCUCGUCCCCAGCGGAUCGGCCCCAGCGAUCUCGUUCUCUCAAUUGACUCGCUCUCGCGGUCAUACCCUCUUUGCCAGAUCAUGACUGCACUAUACUCCAAUGCAUCCGUUGCUCUCAACUCGGUUGCUGGAGAGAGCGUUGACUUUGCUCUCGCCACUGUUGGGGUGUCUCCGACAGUCAUUGUUGCCUCUUCUCGCACCAUGUCCGACUACCACAGUAAGUUCAUGAAGCCGCACGCCGGCUUUAUCUCUCGGUUCUCUCGCUGGGUCCAGGUGCGGAGCUUGGAUUCCGGAUACAUGCCAUCGCAUGGCCUGCUAAACCAGGUGGCCAACGUCGGGCCCACCGCCGAACUGUCCCUGGACAACCUACGUCUGUUGUGCAUUUCUCACCGCGUCGAUGCCGAUGCCGAGGUCCAGUUGGACUAUGAGCAACUUGCCGACUUGCGCAUUCUCACUGGAGCACGAGUCGUGUACGCCUUGAGUGGUCCCGGCGUGGCCGGGGCUGUGUUCCAGACCAACGUCUUUGACUACCGUCGCUUCAACGGCGCGAGCCACUUUGGCGCACCUCUGAGCAGCGUCGAAGUUGUGUUGACUGGCGUGCCAAAAGAUGCGACCAACGAAGAGGGACAGAUCACUGUAUCCGGCCCUUCUGUCAUCUCUGGCAAGACCGCCCUGGCAGGACGAGCUCGCAUCCGCGAUGACAACACAUUCGAGCUCCUGUAAUCCACUUAUCGAGCACACAAUGCGUUUGAGCGUUUAUUCCGGGAUUCUUUUCUUCCCUUUCAUUGCCCACAGAACCAAAAUCAUUUCAUAUCACUUGCAUCAUGUCAGUUGGAUAUAGCGCAUAGCUUAGUUUCAUAUCCGGUUAAUGAAAAGAAAUUGCAUCUAUUUUCAAAC